AUGACAAAAAUUUCCUCCAGCUUAAGACACCCGACUCUACCUCGAGGCAAAGGGCCUCCAACUCGUCAGCUCGAGGAGAAGGAUCAACGUCUGAGGGAGCAGAGCCUCGCACGCUCUGGCCAUGGACGAAUGGCGGGUCCCGAAGAGGAAGCCCUUGAGAAAACGGAGCCAAAAUCUGCCAAGUUGCAGACUAAGACUAGGGUGACUAUGACCUCCUGCCAGCCCCCUCUCCUCAGCCCCAACAGUUAUAGCUCCCUGGAUCUGAGAAUUCCAACCUCUUCCACCAGCCCUGUUCCCAAGCAGAGUGAAGCCGAGGGACCGACAGCAUCGUCCCUAGAGCAGGGAUACCCAGAGAGCCGCAUGCUUCAGGUGGGAGGGCAGGAUGCCCACCAAGAAGACGUCCUUAAUGACUCUCCUGAGAGGAGAAGCUUCAGCCGUCGAGGGUCCAGUCCCUCGGGGUCCUCGCUGAUCAAGGACCCAAGCCGCAGGAAGGACCCAGACCACAGCGUACCGGAAGUCAUGCAUGGCGUUUCUAAGGUUCUGAGACUCGAGGACUCCCCCAGGCUGAAAAGUGAAAUGUGGGCACUAGAGGACCACACAGAUGCAAAGCGCCAUCAGUCUAGAGCUGGGGAAAUUCCUUCCUUGAGGCACAGCGAUAGGGACGAUACCAACACCUCACCCCCGCUGGCCCCUCCUUCCUCACUGGGUCCCCCAGGUCUCUCCAGCCCCAGACAUCCGGCCCCAGCCAUUCCACCUUCCCCCACUCCAGGGUCCCUGGAACAAAGACACCAGAAGCCACGGAGGUCGGUUACAUGGUUUGACAGGAGGAUGGAGUCCUUCCUGGAGCUCAGUUUGAAGCGGGACCACCAGGGAAAAAUCAAGCAUGGCGACAUGCCCGAAGAAUCAGUUAAGGCCCUGGAAACCAUCUUGAAGAGAAAGCACGUGGCUUUUCUUUCUGGGCUUUCUCUCAUACGUUACCUAACUGGGCCUGUCACAGUGUACCCAGUAGGGCUGAUCGGGCUGGCUGCGAGAACAGGCCACGAGCCUACCCCUACUGGAGACCAUCCUGACUGCAGUGUGGCCGACUGGGUGAAGGGGGUGGCAGCUGAGAAGGCCCAUAUCUUACCCGCUGCUGAAUGCCACCAGGCUCCAAUGGACAGCGGAGAGCGCCGCCACCCCCAGGAAGCACAGAACCGGGCCAGACCUCGGAGCCAAACCGUGUGGGCCCAAGGACCGAAGAACUAUGGGCCAGGUUCCCGCCCCAUCAACUCAUCAUUCUGCCCUCCCAGGUCUGCAGGCCACUUAGGACCUACCACAUCUACACAGAGUGGGAAGGAGGAUGCUGGAGAAGCCCACAGCAGGGCCUCUGUCUCUGCACUGGCUGAAGAGUUCCCAGGACCAGCCAAAUACAGGGGCCCCAUUUCUUCCACCUUGGGCCCAGCGAGGGCCAGCAAGAGCAACCAGGCAUCACCUCAAGCUUCAUUUUUAGCCAGGCUGAAGAUGUGGCUCAGUUCUCUCGGCAAAGGCCAGCAGUCCAACAUCAGCCCCAAGGCUUGGGUGAUAAUGGGCUCAAAGCAGCCAUGCAAGUGGAGCUCAGCAUCCAGGAACAACAAACUGGCGAUCUCAGCAUCUGCGUUGUCCUGA